CUGAGAAAAAAAGCACCCCCGUCAUUUCACGUGUUGACGUUUUUCAAGGUUGUAAACGCUUAUACAGGUUUAUAGCGGGUUUUUAAAAUCAUGUUCAGGUUAUCACAAGUGCCUGUCUUCAGUGUGUUCAGGUUUCCUGCAUCGAGGCGAUUAAAAUGUGUUUUAAUGACCAGACAUAAACAGUACGGAGGCUUCGAAUGGAGACAUCUAUCUCAGUCCUCACUUUACUUUGACCUGAUGUCCAAAAACAAAGAGCAGCAAACUUUUGGGAUUUCUAAGAACCGGACACCUACGAAUGGGACUUUCAGAUUUCACAGCACUGAGGAGACAUCUAAAAACAGGCAUAAAGCUCCAUCAGAGACCUAUUCAUCUGUGGAACCUGACAAGGAGGAAGAAUUCGUCUUCUUGGAGCACUGUGAAUACAUGGACCACGAAAAGGAUCAUUUUCCUGAACAGCUUCAGAUCACAGAGUCCAUGAAAGCGAAACAGGAGAAGCAGUCUCGAAAGACUGUAACAGAACUGCAGCAAAAAGCUCUGGAGCUGCAGCUGAGCUCUUUAAAAGAUGUUGGAGAUCUUAACAUGGACCUGGAUGAUUGUAUCGAAUUCCACGAUGUUGGGUUUCCACUGGAACGAUCCAGGAAGAAGAAGACGACAAGACAGGUCCAGAAGAUCUACGGAAGUCCAGAUGCUGAGAUGGAGAUCAGCGAUAUCUCCUGCUCCGGCUGUGGCGCCUUAAUGCACUGCAUGGCUCCUGAAGUUCCUGGUUACCUUCCAAGUGAGAAAUAUAAAGAAUUAUUAGAAGAAGACAAACUCAAGAAGGCGAUAUGUCAGCGCUGUUUUCUGCUCACACACCACCAGAAGGCGUUGAACGUCACCAUGUCGAAGGAAGAGUACAGGAAAAUUGUGAGUAGAAUUAAAUCUGAGAAAGCCUUGGUGCUGCUCAUCGUGGAUCUCCUUGAUCUUCCGGACUCCAUCAUACCUGACCUGCCACAGCUCGUGGGCAAAAAUAAGCACAUCAUUGUUUUAGGGAAUAAAAUAGACCUGCUGCCUGGUGAUUCCCAGAAUUACCUCCAGAGGAUCAGGAGGCAGCUGGCUCAGUAUUGCACUGAUGCUGGAAUCCCCACACAAGAUUCCAAGGAUGUUCAUUUGAUCAGCGCUAAAACAGGAUACGGGAUUGAGAACUUGAUUACAAAGCUCCAGGCAUCUUGGAAAUAUAAAGGAGACGUGUAUUUGGUUGGUACCGCCAAUGCUGGCAAGUCAACUUUGUUUAACACUCUUCUGGAGUCUGAUUACUGCAAAUCCAGAGCAUCAGACGUGAUCCAUAAAGCCACAAUAUCACCAUGGCCUGGGACAACACUGAACCUCCUGAAGUUCCCCAUCAUCAACCCGACGCCGUACAGGAUGUUCAGACGUGCGGAGCGACUGCGAAUGGCGGCACGACAGACCGAGGACGAUCUCGAUCCUGAAGAGCUGAAGAGAAUCCAACAUUUACAUAAACAAGGCUACUUGAUCGGUCGUGUCGGGAGAACGUUCCGGGUCCCGUCUUCCAGAAAAGACGUUGUGGACUUUGACCCAGACAGCCUCAGCUUCGGAGAGGACCUGAAUGAAGACAACGUGGGCUUACGGAGCUCCAAAGACGAAGCUCUGGAGGCGGAAUUUACAUACAACGAAAUAAAAGACGCUCACUGGUUCUACGACACGCCGGGAAUCAUGAAAGACCGUGAUAUUCUCAGCCUGCUGCACGAACAGGAAGUGAAGCUCGUGCUACCGACGCACGCCAUCACGCCCAGGACAUUUGUACUGAAGCCGGGGAUGGUGUUGUUUUUCGGAGCGUUGGCACGGAUCGAUUAUCUGGAAGGAAAUCAGCCAUGUUGGUUUAGCGUGGUGGCUUCGUCUCAAAUCCCCAUACACAUCACUAGUUUGGACAAAGCUGACUCCACGUACCAGAAGCAUGCCGGACAAGCGCUACUCGCUGUGCCAAAAGGCGGAGAGGAACGAAUGAAAACCUUUCCAGCUUUCGUGUCUCGAGACUUUGAGCUCGAGGGCCGUGGACUGAAUAUGGCAGUGACCGACAUCAAACUAUCUUCAGCAGGUUGGAUCGCCGUAACAGCGGCCGAUUUGGAGCGCCUCCGGCUCAGAUGCCACGCCCCCAAGGAGGCAGGGCUUUGUUUACGAGAUCCAGCACUCCUCCCGCACAUCGUCGAUGUGAAGGGGUCACGGAUUCCCAAAUCUCCUGCCUACAGGACGAAGAAACCACAAGCGCCACUGGAUACGAUUCUUUCUGGAAGAAGACAGAAGACGAAAAAAUGACCCAAUAAAAUUAUGAGUAAUAAAAAAUGAAUGAUUAUAACUAAUAAUAAUUAUUUACACUGCAACAUGACGAUACAGUGAGACGACAUUAAUUUGAAGUCACAGAAUGAUAUGACUAAGUGUGAAAGUUAGCACGCCCCCUCAUCAACUGUGUUUAUGCUACAUUAGUGCAGGAUGUUCAGUUUGUCACAAUGUUCAUUAACAUGUAAAUGAAACAGGGUUUGGGCAGCUUGGUGGUUAGCACUGGUGCCUCACAGCAAGAAGGUCCUGGGUGCGAAUCCCGGGUUCGAACAGGCAGGGGCCUUUCUGUGUGGAGUUUGCAUGUUCUCCCCGUGCCUGCGUGGGUUUACUCCGGUUUCCUCCUACAGUCGUGUACAUUAGGUUGAUUGGUAAUUCUAAAUUGCCCAUGGGACUGAGUGUGUGUGGUUGUCUGUCUAUAUGUGUGGCCCUGCACAGGGUGUCCCCCUGCUUUUCACCCAAUGUCUGCUCCAGCAGAUCCCCGUGACCCUAAUUAGGAAUAAAGUGGGUAUAGAAAAUGGAUGGAUGAAUGAAAUGGGGUUUUGACAAACUGUCUACACUGUACACUGUAAACUAUCUCUAUACAUGGAAUAACAGAUGUAAUAAUCAUGUAAACAUGUAAAUAAGAGUUUCAUGCGGUUGUGUAAUAUGAUUUUGACUGUAUAAUAAAUUGCAUAUAUUUCC